ACAUAGUUCGAUCGAGUAUAACAUAACAAGCGAGGCAAGCCGUGUCUAUCACUUACGACGAAUCCUCGUCACGGUGCAUACAGUAGCACGCGAUAGUGUUUCGCGUCGAAAUAUCGUUCGAUCUUAUUAUAGAUCGAUAACGGGUCGGCGUCGAGGAACAAACGAACAAGAAGAUGAAACCGUGGCUGAUAUCGCUAUUCCUCGUCGUUCUGGUCGAUAGCCAGGUUAUAGCCAAAAUUCUGACGGAAUGCGAAAUCGUGCAACAGCUCCAACAAGCUAGAAUCUCAAGGAGCGAUAUCAGCAGUUGGAUCUGUUUGAUGCAGAGCGAGAGUGGAUUGAACACGAAUUUGAUAACCGGGCCGAAGACGGCCUCCAGUUAUAGUUACGGGAUCUUCCAAAUUAACAGCGCCAAAUGGUGUUCCAGGGGACAUAGUGGAGGCAUUUGCAGAAAACGUUGCGAGGAUUUCGCGAACGACGAUAUCAGAGACGAUAUCGUGUGCGCUAAGAAGAUUCAAAGUUUGGAAGGGUUCAAGGCGUGGGAUGGUUGGGUGAAGAAUUGCAAAAAAAAGCCUUUGCCAAAUAUACAGAAAUGCUCACGAUGAUGACGAGCAUACCUUUCGAAGCCCUAUCGAAGCAAGUACCGUAAAAUGAGGUAAAUAGAAAUAUUUUUGCGAAACAAAUUUUGGAGAAA